CAGAUCCCCUGAUGAUAAAAUAAAAGUAAAAGCACUUUCAGUAAAUUAUUUAUCGCCUAAAAUUUAUAGAAAAAAAUAAAAAAAUAUAAAAUAGUAACAAAUUCUGAAAAAUAUUAUCGAUAAUUUUUUGUCAUAGUAGCUCAUUUGUGAGCUACAUUCAACUGUCAAUACUUUCUCCGAUGCUUUUCCGACAACUUCAACGGCCAUUUCCAUAAUCGGCGACUUAUAAUUCAGUUUUCUAACACGCGAUUUUUGCUUAUUCGGUCGGAGCGGCGAUGGGCGGCGGCGGUCCGAGAAACUAUUCGGCGAAUCCAAACGAUUACAAGCUUCUCGAAGAAGUCGGUUACGGAGCGAGUGCAACUGUUUAUAGAGCGAUCUAUCUUCCUUUCAAUGAAGUAAUUGCAGUCAAGUGCUUGGAUCUCGAUCGCUGUAAUAGCAAUCUGGAUGACAUACGCAGGGAAGCUCAAACGAUGAGUUUGAUAGACCAUCCUAAUGUAAUAAAGUCAUUCUGUUCAUUUGUUGUUGAGAACUACCUCUGGGUAGUGAUGCCCUUCAUGGCUGAGGGUUCUUGUCUACAUCUCAUAAAAAUAGCAUAUCCAGAUGGAUUUGAAGAAUCUGCUAUUUGUUCUAUGUUGAAGGAAACUCUCAAGGCGUUGGAAUAUCUCCAUCGACAUGGGCACAUCCAUCGAGAUGUUAAGGCUGGGAAUAUAUUGCUGGACACUAAUGGGGCAGUAAAGCUGGGCGAUUUUGGUGUUUCAGCAUGCAUGUUUGACAGUGGUGAUAGACAGCGAAGGAAAACCUUUGUAGGAACUCCGUGCUGGAUGGCGCCAGAAGUUCUGCAGCCUGAAACUGGAUAUGAUUUCAAGGCUGACAUUUGGUCAUUUGGAAUAACUGCACUGGAGUUGGCUCAUGGUCAUGCACCAUUUUCAAAGUACCCUCCAAUGAAGGUACUACUGAUGACAAUUCAAAAUGCCCCUCCUGGACUUGAUUAUGACAGAGACAAAAAAUUCUCUAAGUCAUUCAAGGAAAUGGUUGCAAUGUGUUUGGUGAAAGAUCAAACUAAAAGGCCAACCGCUGAGAAGUUGUUGAAGCAUUCUUUUUUCAAAAAUGCCAAGCCCCCAGAGCUUGCUGUAAAAAAACUCUUUGCGGACCUGCCACCACUUUGGAAUCGAGUUAAAGCCCUACAGCUUAAAGAUGCUGCCCAACUAGCUUUGAAGAGAAUGCCUUCUUCUGAGCAGGAAGCAUUAUCACAGAGUGAAUACCAACGGGGAGUUAGCGCCUGGAACUUUGAUUUGGAGGACUUAAAGCUUCAGGCUUCACUGGUACAGGACGAUGAUGAAAUACAAGAAAUUAAGGAAGAAGAUGAUACCAUGAAAGCUUAUAUGAACUACAAGGAGAAAUCUAUUGCCCUACAAUAUGCUGGAAAAUCAACCCCUAGAAAAGAUUCUAUUGCCAGUGAGCAAGAAAGUGUUGGUGAAGUGCCAGUAGCUGAAUAUGAGAUCAAGAAGGGAAAAGAUUUGGAAAGUAGUCCACUAGAUUCUGAUCAUUGGGAGAAAAAUGGACUGAAGAAGAAUGCAUCAAAAACAGAGUUGCCACCCCUAACCUCAGACAGGGAUGCCUUACCGGCCAAGAGUAGAACUCAAACACCAAAAGCUCGUCAAAGUCAGAGCGGACCACUUAUGGCAGGCGCUGUACUUAGUCACUCGGCAUCAGAAAGAGCUCGAAACUCCGAAAGAAGUGAGAUUGAAAACCAACAACCAGGAGAUAAAACUCAUCCAGUGCGAAGAGCACCCAGCUUUAGUGGCCCUUUAAUGCUUCCAAACCGAGCUUCAGGAAAUAGUUUAUCAGCUCCGAUUAAAUCAUCUGGGGGAUUCAAAGAUUCUUUGGAUGACAAGUCGAAGCCGAACUUGGUCCAAAUAAAAGGCCGUUUCUCUGUAACAUCAGAAAAUGUAGAUCUUGUAAAGGAUAUUCCAUUAUGUACAGUUCCUCGACGAUCUUCCCAAGGAUCACCACUUAGGAAGUCUGCUAGUGUUGGAGAAUGGCUGGUCGAAUCUAAACAAAUGCCACCCUGUCAACCGCCCAAGGAACUUGGCCUUAAUAAUGUUCCUGCUUCAGUUCUCAUGCCCCACUUACAAAAUCUCUUUCAACAGACAUCUAUUCAACAGGAUCUCAUUGUAAAUCUAUUGAGUAGCUUGCAACUAUCUGAGGCAGGAGAUUCUUCUCAAAAUGGGAAGUUAUCUCCCCUACAGCGCCUAGAGAACAAUGGAACUGUUGAAGUAGCCGCUUCUGAGAGGGAGAAGCUAUUGUUGGUCAAAAUAUCUGAGCUUCAGGCUAGGAUGAUUAAUUUGACGGAUGAAUUAACUGCAGAAAAAUUAAAAUACUGGCAGUUGCAACAGCGGUUAAAUGCCACGUCAAGUUGCGGAGAGGAUGGGGACAGAAGAGAAUUGGAAUCCUGAUGAGAAAUGAUACUUUUCAUGUGUAAACACCGUGUAUAUUCAGGUUGAAGUAUAGGAAGAGGCAGAGUGUAAUUAUUCUUAUGUGGCUGAAUCAUGCACUUGUCCUUGUUGAAUAGCUCGUCUGGGAAGAAUCCUCCAAGUAGCAAUAUAAACAAAACAAUCAGCGCAUAGAUAAUUUCUUCAUUUGUUUGACGAGUACGAGCUGAAAACAAGCUUCUUGUGCAGAUUCACGCCAAGGGAAUUAUUAUUUAUUUAGAUAUAGAAGAUUGUGGAGGAAGGGCUCAGCGGGAAGAAGGCGGCAGAGGGUGGGUGGGGGGGAUUCAAUUCCCAAUUUCAUUUGUAGAUCCUUAGUUUAUGUUGUAGUCAUAUUAAGUUGUAAUUUUGUAACAUAUAUGAGAAACCAAUAUGACGAUGAGAUGUGUUCAAUAAAGCUUUUAGCUUCACAA